AAUUCGUGGUCUGUGGUGAAAACUUCAAGUUUCAAAAAUCAAAAUACGUUAUUCGAAAUGUUUGAAUUGUACAAAUGAGUGAAUCUUUGUUAAGUAUUUAAUAAAUGUAUUGUGUGUUCAGAAUCGCAAAAAACUUGUUUAGUUAAAUUUUAAAAUGAGUAACCGUACCUAUGACGGCAAGGAAAACAGACCGAACACCGCUGGAAGAUCUGACACGUGCCCCUCAAAUAUACAGAAACCGCCAGCUGCUGGCUCCUCAAGUACACAUCCCACGGAUUUUAAAGUGCCAUUACCUCGACCCCGUCCUCUUCAAACGAACAACAAAGUGAAUGAUAAAGAACAUACUGCGAAUCAAGACGCUGCGGAAAAGAAACAAGAAUGGGCACUGUCGGACUUCGAUUUAGGACGUCCACUUGGGAAAGGUAAAUUCGGCAAUGUUUACUUAGCACGCGAAAAGAAAUCGCUUUACGUGGUCGCAUUAAAGGUGCUCUUUAAAAGCCAAAUCUUAGACUCUGAUAUCGAACACCAAGUCAGGCGCGAGGUGGAAAUCCAGUGUAGAUUGAGACAUCCGAACAUCCUGCGCAUGUACGGCUAUUUCCAUGACGAGAAACGCAUUUAUUUAAUCCUAGAGUACGCAAAACACGGCGCGCUUUACAAAUUACUGAAGGAACGCGGGCGUUUCGACGAAGUAACCGCUGCCAUUUACAUUCGGGACUUGACCAAGGCUUUAAUAUACUGUCACUCUAGAAAAGUUAUUCAUCGAGAUAUUAAACCCGAGAAUUUAUUGAUUGGCUAUAAUUAUGAACUUAAGAUAGCUGAUUUCGGUUGGUCAGUGCAUUCUCCAUCUUCAAGACGCAUGACAUUGUGUGGAACGUUAGAUUAUCUUUCUCCGGAGAUGAUCGAGGGCAAGCCUCACAGUUAUGCAAUUGAUAUAUGGAGUCUUGGGGUCCUUUGUUAUGAACUGUUAGUAGGGCUCCCUCCGUUUGAAGCGAAAGAUGCUAAUCAGACAUAUAAAAAGAUUAAAUAUGUUAUAGUCAAGUAUCCAGACUAUAUUUCUGCCCAAGCAAGAGAUUUGAUGGGGAAACUACUAGUCAUUGAACCAGAGAAUAGAUUGCCGUUGGUACAUGUGCUGCAACAUCCGUGGAUUAGGGACAAUGCCCCAGAAGGUGUGAAGCCACCAGUUUUUAAUCCUGAAAAUAGUGAAAAAUGAUACACCUAACAUUAUUAAGAAGAUCUAAGUGUCUAUAAAACAUCUAGAGCUGUUAAAAGUUCUAUUCACACACAACCAAGCAGUGCUAAUAAAGUUGGGUGUUUUCUUUAGAAAAUAUUGGUCUAAUUAUCAUGAAUUUGUCAGUAUAUGGACCAGUACAAUGUGUAUAAAAUAACUAAAAAUAUGCCACAUUCCUGACAUUGCAUGAUUUAGAGUUAAUUUUAAUUUUAUCAAAAGAAAUAAUGAAAUUAGUUGUUAGAGUUUGUUAAGGGCCUGUGUAGACAAGGGACAAAGUCAAUGCAGUUUUAUGGUCAGUCAUAUUUCUCACUGGCUGAGAAUUAUCAAAAAAAAGUUGAGGAUUAACAUACAUAUACCCUCAUCUGCGCAGGCUUCUAAUUCUUACUGCCAUCCAGACUUUUCUGACAUUAAAUUCAUUAAUUUUAUUAUAUAGAAGUAGAUUAGGCAAUUAUGAGUGGAUGGAUGAGGAAGGCGGAGAGUUGUGUGUGGUGGUGCACUCUUGGGCAGGCCUAUGUCCAGCAGUGGACGUAAACAGGCUGAUUGAUUGAUAGGCAAUUAUAAUAACUACUUAGUAUUAUAUCUUUAACCCUUUUGUUGUCAUACUAUUUAAAUUUGUUUUGAGUCCUUUGUAAUCUUGAACAAUCAGCAAAAAAAAAUCGAUAAGUAAUAGACUCUUUAUUAAUUUACAAGUAUGAGUAACAUUUUAAACUAUUUCAAAAUGGUCAUAGUUAAUGUUGCCACUCUGUAUAACAUAUAACCUGUGCAGAAUUAAAUAAAAAGCAACAGUUAUUAUCUUAAAUUAUAGUCUAGUAUUCAAUGCAUUCUUCUACAGUAAUUUACUAUUUAAUAUGAACAUAAUAGAAAAAAUUGUGACUGAAAAUACUAUUUAUUCUUAAUCAUGUUAAAAUCCUAAAUUUUUAAAUAAAAAUGUCUAAUGUACU